AACCAUCUUCCUCUCUUCCUGCUCCAGAGCCCACAUUUCUGUCGUGCAUGUAUUUAUUUGCGGAUAACUUGGGGUUUAAUAUGCGUGAGUGAGUGAGUGACUCCACUUAGUUCUACCUCCAGCUCCACGAGUUCUUACUGAAAUCCUUAUCGAUUGGAUUUAAAGCGGGAACCAAACCACGGAACGGGACGUUAAUUGAACAGAGCGGGCGAACGGGCAGUACUUCUCGCUAGGGUUUGAGCUUACGGGAUUCAUUCACUUGCUGUAACUUGUAAUUUUACUCAAUUGCUUGCUUGUUUUCAUUGUUCUUGCGCCAACAACUCAAUUCCAUCCACUAUUCCUCAGUUCUCCUCUCCUCUCCUCUUCUAUUCACAAUAGAUAAAAAAAUUCCCAAACUCCGCAAAGAUGGGUUGGUUUGAUGGCGCCUCGGAAUCAGGACGAUCGCACUCCUCUCGACACCAUUCCUCGUCGCAUUCGCAUUCCAAGAAAAAACAUCGUUCUGCCUCCCACUCCACUCAUCACAAUAAUUCCUCUGGACUUCUCGGAAGUGCGCUCGGAGGGACAUCCCCAAAAUCGAACCAUAGUCAUCGCGAGCGCUCGAGAAGCCGUACUCGAGGCUCCGGAAGUAUUUAUGGCAGUGGAGAUGCGAAACAUAAUUCCAGUCGAAGCAGUUUCUUCGGUAUGUAGCCCUCCACGUAUUUCUAGAAAUCUUUGUUACUACUUUUUUGUAAAUCGUCCUCGGUUUAAUCCUAUUACUCCCAUCGCGCAAUAUAAGUAUAGGUAAACUAACGAUUCGUCCCCAUCUAGGCCCCAAUUCCCGCUCCACAUCCCACUACAAACGUUCUCCGCGCCCAAACUACCUAAAAAGCAUGUAUGCCAAACUGCGCCAACUCCUCCGCGAUCUCAUCUACUACAUGAAACGACACCCAUUCAAAGUAUUCAUGCUCGUAAUCAUGCCCCUCAUAACAGGCGGUGCACUAGCAGGACUUUUAAAGAAAUUCGGGGUCCGAUUACCAGGCGGAUUGGAGAGGUUGAUUGGAGGCGGAAAGGGAAAAGGAGGCGCGCCAAGUGCGUCUCUGGGAAAUGCGAGGAAUGGGAGGAAUGGGAGUUAUGAGUAUGAGAGGAGUAGUGUGAAAGGUAGUGGGGGUGCGAUGGAAAAAUUGGGGAUGUUGACUGGCGGGGUGGACGGCGCGGGAGGGGUGAUGAAGUUGGCGAAAUUGUUUAUUUGAUGUGGUAUGCGGAUGAAUUAUGCGAUGACAUGACCGAUGAAAUGUUGUGAUUGGAUGAGGAUGGAUCAAUUGGGUUUGAUUUGGCGUUUACAUAUUUGGAUUGAUUAAUUCCUCCCUUUGCCUUCUAUUCCCUUUUUUUUACUUU